AUGGAGCCGGCCGGGGGCAACAACGGGGGGAGCGGCGGGGGGAGCGGCGGCGGCAGCGGGAGCAGCAGCGACUCUGCGCCCGACUGUUGGGAGCAGGCCGACACGGACGGGCCCGAGGCCCAGGCGCUGGGCGCCGCCUUCGCCCGCCAGCUCAACGUCAACGCCAAGCCCUUCGUGCCCAACGUCCACGCCAAGGAGUUCGUGCCCGCCUGCCUCCGCGACGCCGCGGCGACGCCCGAGGGCCCCCACCCGCAGCCCCCCCACCGCCACGGGGCUGGGAAUGGGGAGGCGGGGCCCAGCGCACCUGUCGAGCCUUCGCAGGAGGAGCAGUCGUCGUUGAGUGAAGGUUCAAAUUCCGCUGUUGGGAUGGAAGUUUCCGAACCUGUAGUAGAGAAUGGAGAGACAGAAAUGUCUCCCGAAGAAUCCUGGGAGCACAAAGAAGAACCAAGUGAAGCCGAGCCAGGAGGUGGCCCUAUGGGGGAUGGAGGAGCCCCAGAGGAAAGUGCCCAAGAAAUGAUGGAGGAGGAGGAAGAAAUACCAAAACCUAAAUCUGUGGUGGCACCACCAGGUGCUCCUAAAAAAGAACAUGUAAAUGUAGUUUUCAUCGGGCACGUAGAUGCUGGCAAGUCUACCAUUGGAGGACAGAUCAUGUACUUGACAGGCAUGGUUGACAAAAGAACGCUGGAGAAGUAUGAAAGGGAAGCUAAAGAAAAAAAUAGAGAAACCUGGUACUUGUCUUGGGCCUUAGACACAAACCAGGAGGAACGGGACAAAGGUAAAACAGUAGAAGUGGGGCGAGCGUACUUCGAAACAGAAAAGAAGCACUUCACAAUUCUAGAUGCUCCCGGGCACAAGAGCUUUGUUCCCAAUAUGAUUGGUGGUGCUUCUCAAGCUGAUCUGGCUGUACUGGUAAUCUCGGCCAGAAAAGGCGAGUUUGAAACUGGAUUCGAAAAAGGUGGCCAGACAAGAGAGCAUGCCAUGUUGGCUAAAACAGCAGGUGUAAAACACUUGAUAGUGCUUAUUAAUAAGAUGGAUGAUCCGACAGUAAACUGGAGUAAUGAAAGAUACGAAGAAUGUAAAGAGAAGCUGGUGCCAUUUUUGAAAAAGGUCGGCUUCAAUCCCAAAAAGGAUAUUCACUUUAUGCCCUGCUCAGGCCUGACGGGAGCGAAUCUUAAAGAGCAAGCAGAUUUCUGCCCUUGGUAUAUUGGGUUACCGUUUAUUCCGUAUCUGGAUAAUUUGCCAAACUUCAACAGAUCCGUUGAUGGACCAAUCAGGCUGCCAAUAGUGGAUAAAUACAAGGAUAUGGGCACCGUGGUCCUGGGUAAGCUGGAAUCAGGUUCCAUUUGUAAAGGACAGCAGCUUGUGAUGAUGCCAAACAAGCACAACGUGGAGGUUCUUGGAAUCCUUUCUGAUGAUGUCGAAACUGAGUCUGUAGCCCCAGGUGAAAACCUCAAGAUUAGACUGAAAGGAAUCGAAGAGGAGGAGAUCCUUCCAGGAUUCAUACUUUGUGAUCCUAAUAAUCUCUGCCAUUCUGGACGUACAUUCGAUGCCCAGAUAGUGAUUAUCGAGCACAAGUCCAUCAUCUGCCCAGGUUAUAAUGCCGUGCUGCACAUUCAUACCUGUAUCGAGGAAGUCGAGAUAACAGCCUUAAUCUGCUUGGUAGACAAAAAAUCAGGAGAGAAAAGUAAGACACGACCCCGUUUUGUGAAACAAGAUCAAGUAUGCAUUGCCCGUUUAAGGACAGCAGGAACCAUCUGCCUUGAGACAUUCAAAGAUUUCCCUCAAAUGGGUCGUUUUACCUUGCGAGACGAGGGCAAGACCAUUGCAAUUGGAAAAGUUCUGAAACUGGUUCCAGAGAAGGACUAAGCAUUUUUCUUGAUGACCCUGCACAAUACUGUGAGGAAAAUUGACUCUGCAAAAGCCUACUUCACACCGCCUUCUCUUAUUUUCUGCCCAUUGAUAAACUUUUCCCAUAUUUUGCAAAGACAAAUUUCACAGCAAAAGUCCACAUUAUGUCAGCUUUCUCAUAUUGAGAGCUCUGCUAUGCCACUGUUUAAUUUACCCCAGAGUUUUGGUUUUUAUUUGUUGUUGUUUUGUUUUGGGUUUGGGGGCUUUUUUUUUUCUUGGUUUCGGUUUGGUUUUUUUUUCCCCUCCCAAAUUCUGCUUCCUUGGACAGAUUCGGCAAUAGCUUUGUAAGUGAUGUGGACAUAAUUGCCUACAAAAAUGAACACCUAAAGGAAUUUUUUUUUUUUUCGUUUUUCAUUUUUCCCCUUUGACACAUUUAGACAUCUUUUUUUUUCCCAGGCAGAUCAUUCAGAAUGUGCGAGUGUGUGUGCACAUGUUACAAAGACAACGACCAUGUUAAUAAAAUAUUCAAUUUGAAACCCUUUUCGGUAUUUGAAUUGCUUUUGAAUAAUGUUUUUUAUCUGGAUGUAACACUGUUGCAUUAGCUUUUUAACUUCCAAGUAAUCGAAUACGUUCUAUUACUUGGCCUUUUCUAAACCACCCCCUCCCACCUAUCCACCCACUGUUUUAAAUGAGGCAUUUACAAACAAACAACAUUCAAGUUUGUAUCCAAGAAAAACAAUUUAGUCUUGUCCCUUCCUUUUGGUGGUUAAUACAUGAGUAAAAUUAAAUACCUUUAUGCAAAUGACACUGCUUUCUUUUAGUUUGCAUCCGUUCAUAUACUGCCAAAUUAUGAGAUUUUAACGUAACGUAAAUAUAAUAAAUUAUUAAAAUGAUCAAAGAUAUCAUGCCAUGUCUUUAGAGGUACGGCAUGAUGAAAAUCUUUUGGGGGGAAAUUAACUAAUCAGGAAAAUGAAUGGGAUUCGCAAAGAAGGAAACUUGCGGCAGUCCUGCCUCCAUUUGUUUUUAUUAAGAGCUGCAGCUGAGGCGUAAACGGGGUCAGUUAAGAGUGCCAGUUCUACGAGUUACUCAAUCCAUCACUUCAUAUCGGUAACUUUGAAGGCUGGGUAAUGCUUGAUGUUUACAGGGGAUUUCGAAUCGAGCAAGUAAAUGGUGUAUUUAAAAUCGUAAGCGUUUGCACAGGUUGAAAGUCAAAGUGAGACGCAGAGAAUCGAGCAGAGUCUGUAAAUUUCUCAUCAACAGUUUGAACUUAAAAACUGCAAGUUAUUUUGAGACUAUAAACCAAAUAUGUUGACAACAAUUUGAGUGAACUAAGUAUUGCAGCGCUAGUUAUUUGUAGAUUGAAGGUUGACUGUCUACCCUCAGUACCGCGAUUCCAAUUUUUUUCUUUUUCUUUUUUAAUAAACGAAAUGGGAAUUGGGAGAUCAAUUCGAAGUAUGACCGGAAAUCCUCUGGAUUAGUGUCGCCAUUCGGGGACGAGUCAACUAUUUUAGGGUGUCAGUUUCCCCUAAAAUAAGAUACUUUGAAACUGUACAUUUAAAUAAUGACGAGUCUCCCUGAAACCUUCCCUCAGAGAAAAAGGCUGCCGUCCAGGUAGUAUUUCCAUAUGCAAAAUUCAAAUUUCAACCAAUUUAACACUUUUUGUUUCUUUGUAACUGUGGAACUCCCAUUCAUUUCACUUAUAAAGGCUACAUUGUAUGGACAGAGCCAAGUUAUUGUCCUUCAGUUUCGUAUGAUUACACUUGUAGCUACCGUAAUGCAUGAAAUUUAAAUAAAUUUUAUUAUGUCUGCAAA